AUGUAUGUGCCAACUGCAAAAAGUGCAAAGAAUGAUCAUUCCUUAGUUAAAACCAUAAUCACCAAUCACGUGUGCAUUAUACAGGUAGCUACAAUUUAUAGCGCUAUAUAUAUUUGACAUGGUCAUAAUCUACACACUGCAGUCUGCAGGAAAUUUAUAAUCUUCUUACUAUGCUCGCAGGAAGAAAAUUAUUUUUUCCACCCCUGUAUAGAGUAGUGUACAGUUUUAAUUGUACAGCAGAGUAUAUUAUACUGUUCACUUCAGCUCAGUAUAUUACUCUGCAGUACAGUAUGCCGCAUUUUCACUUCUGAAUAAAAGAGGUAUUAAAAUAAUUUCAACGAGUUAUGCCAGUGAGUAUGUCGUAAUAUAUAAUGUAUUUUCUCAGGAUGAAGGCAGCGAUGUUUCUCAAGAUAACAGUAUGGAGCCAACCGAACCAACCGAAGUUAAUACAACUAUAAAACAAUAUAUUCUUGCGCAAUGGAAAGGUCAGUGGUUCUGGCUGAGCGAUUUUUCCUUAAAUUGUUUUAGUAUAGUUGAGGUUCGUGCAACAGGGGGUGGACAAUCAGCAGUUAUCAGUGUUAGAAAAUGAUACAAAUGCUUUUCAUUCUAUGUAGUAUCUUGUCUUUGAUAGCCUUGGCAAAUAAAUAAAAGAAAGGCAUUUGUUAAAUGAGGUUGACCAUCAGCUGCACCGAUCGCUAAUUGAAACCUGCCAAUUUACCGCUUGUACUAGCGAAACACACUUACUGGCCAUAUCAAGCUGCAAACAAAACUACAUGCCUUUUUAUUUUCAGAUGAAGAAAAAUCUACACCAAUAUCAAUCAUUAUAACAAACACUCACAUCGCUUUAGCUGAAGAAAAUCAUCAGUGGCCAUUACCUCGACUGCAUGAUCCUCCUAAAUUUCUAUCUGGACCACAAUUUGUCUUGAAAAAGAAACAAAAGAUUAUUAAUAUAACUGAUGUGGUAAGAUUAACCAAAAAAUUUUAACAACCCUAUGAAUAUUUAUUUCACCUCACCCUAAUCACUAUUCUAACUUUAUUGCACCUUAUUCGCAAACCUAUUCAGCCUUAAUGCGGGAAAGUGAGAGCCUUUACUUAUUAGAGGGCUUCAGGUCCUUUCUACGAGUUUGAUUAUACGAGUACACUCUAAAAACACUCUGGUUAAAUUUGUGUUAAUUUAACCAGGAUGGGGUUAAAAACCUACCUACACAAUCCUGGUUAAAAAAAUUAAACCAUUUUCCUGGUUAAAAGUCCAAAGAAGUAUGGCCAGAUUUUUGUUGAAUCAAUCAUUUUUAACGAGGAAAUUAGUUAAUUUAACCAGGAAUGUGCUAGGUAGUUUAUUGAUCCAGUUCCUGGUUGAAUUUAACCAGAGUGUUUUUAGAGUGUAGCAGGCAUAGAUAUCUUAUAUACACUAGUGCAUCUCAUUAUUCUACAAUUCAAAAAUUGAAGCCGUGAUUGCAGGCUCAGGAUAUUCCCAUGAAAUGAGAAGACUCGUAUGUUUUCUAUUUUUUAAACAGGGAACUUAAACAUUAAGUCACACCUAUUCCAAAUACAUUUUUAAACUAUUCAAAUUAUGAAAGUUAUUGUUGUUUUUUAAGCGUUUAUUAGCGAGUGGGAAACUCCAACAUGGCCGCCAUCUAUUCAAAUGGGGGUAACCGCUGGAAUAUUCUUGGCUUCAAUUUUACUAAAAGAGAUGCGCUAUCUAGUGUAUAUAUAAGAUAUCUAUGGUAGCAGGCCUCGAAUUUCCCUGAAAUCAAUCGACGGCAAUGGCGCUAAAAAUUGCCGUAGAGCGUAAAAGCUGUCUACGGCAAUUUUGGCAGUUUCCACGGCAUUUUUUCAAAUUAAUAAAAAUUUAAGUUUGUUACUUUGGAUUGUUGACAAGCUAGAAACACGUUUACGUAUUUCUCUAAGUGUUUUUUUUUCGAAGAAAAUUGAGACUAAAAUAGGAUUUACGCAUGAUUUGAUCAACAUCUGAAUUCAAGUAUCAAAAUAGUAAUGCACAGUGAAUUGUAUAAAAAUUACACUACACGGCAAAAAUUUGCCGUCGUUGCCACAAUAAUCCACGGCAUUUUGUUCUCCCUCAACGGCAAUUACCGCGAUAAAAUUCAAGCCCUGACGAGUAGAGAGAUCUUCAAUCCAUACUUGGAUAUUUACUUUUUUGUAGGUGGCCAAAACUAAUUUGCAGUUAGCCCUGGGUACACUGCGAGUCAACUAGGGUGGGGAUCGGGGGAAAUUGUUGAGAAAUUAGGAUAGGAUUACUAUAGGAAACAUCACUCAGGCCUUGAAUUUGUAUGAAAAAAAACACGUGUUAACUAUGGUCUCAGGGAGAAAAUCUCUCUAAUCUUACUAUAGCGAGAAUACAGUUUGUAAAAGGAUACUGGGAAAUUUUACUAUGCGUUUGCGUCCAGGACCUUCUGACCCAGGGGCCGGUUGUUCAAAGGUGGAUUAGCGCUAACCCAGGGUUAAAAUUUAACCCGCUGUUUUAGCUUGCAUAUUUCUACAUGUCCAUUUAUUUCAAAAUGUCAGAAAAGAAAACUCCUAUUGAUCCAGACAUGAUUUGUGAAAAAAUAUUUCCAAAUUUCAAAACAAGCUGUUAGGAACUGUGCUUUGAAUUUUGAGUUUACCUAGGGUUAAGCUAAUCGGUUUUUGAACAACCGGCCCCAGGUUUGCAGUUAGUUCAAGUCUCUUGCAGGUAACUGGGUCACUGCGGAUCCCAACAUCUGACACAUGUGCUUCAAGCAUGUGCCAGUCACGCUAUAUUUUGCUCUCGCCAUCACAAAUAAGCAGUGCAAGCAUCUUGACUCGUAUUUGUAUCAGUGCAUGAGCUCUCUAUAUAUCUGGAGCAAGAACUUCAGUCAUUCGGCCUAUGAGAAAGUGAAGUCAAGAUGGCGGAAUUGAUGUCCAAUAGCUAUAUGAAGGCAGUGAGCUCCAUAUAUAUCUGGAGUAGGAACUUGGUUGCUCGAUUGUCUAUGGUUGCUCAAAGUGAAGCCAGUUUCGUGUUAACCGCGCACACAAAAACAAUAGAAAGGGACUGGAACUGACGUCCAACAGCUCCUUCAAUUUCCGCCAUCUUGGCAAGGAGUGUGUUGAAAUUUCGUAUUUUGACUUCGAUUUCAAGAAUAAUAUUGUGAUUUUAUGAACUGAAAACUUGAUUAGUGAUACGAUCCAUUAGAAAAAACUGGAUUUAGCUUGGGAAAAUGGUAUAAAAACUGUUUACGACCUUCAGAGCUAUUGGACGUCAAUGGCCGCCAUCUUGGCUUCACUUGGUUUCACUUUUCUCAUUGACCGAAUGGCUGAAGUUCUUACUCCAGAUAUAUAUAUAGAGAGAGAGAGAGAGAGCUCACUGUAUGAAGGUCGUAAACAGUUUCAAUACCAUUUCCCCAGUUAAGUCCAGUUUUUACGGACCGUAACGCUAAUCAAGUUUUCAGUUCAUAACAUCAGAAUAUUAGUCUUUAAAUCGAAGCUAAAAUACGAAAAUUCGGCACAAUCCUGGCCCCGUGUCCGACCGCGCAGACAAAAACAAUAGAAAGGGACUGGAACUGACGUCCAAUAACUCUUCAAUUUCCGCCAUAUUGGCUUCACUUUUUGGACUCGAGUUUUCGCUCCAGAUGUGUAUGGAACUCACUAAUUUGCAUUCAUACUCAGAACUAAGGCCCUCUAUUUUUCGACCUUAACAACCUCAAGCUUCGUAACUAACAAGCGGUAAUAUCGUACAAUGAACAUUUGCUUCUAACACGUGUUGUUUAUCCUCCUAGAAAUUAUUCACUGAGUCUCCUUGUGAAAUUGAAAUUGAGUUCCGAGAUGAGGUAAUUCAACUGAAACAUUUUUAUUGUUAGCACGGGGGAGGGGGACGUUUAAACUCAAAACGCAUCCCAGUUGGAAUUCAUGAACUUUCUAGACGAUUCUUGAUGUCGCGACCACUUUCCUUUCCGGGGUCGUGGAUUUAACCUCUAUAGAGAUUAGGGAAGAUUUUUGCAAGUAGACCUUCCAUUUGGCGCAUGUAAAACCAAAAUUGAGCCCUGGGAGCCGAACACGACAAAAAUAAUAGAAAACAGAAAAAUUUUAAAAUCCAGGCAUAAUGGUUGUUUACCAUUUAGAAAGAAAAUGGUUCGAAAUAAACGGUUUUCCUAGUUGAUAGUCCGUACUAAGGACUCCGUAGACUCUGUACAGUACAUAAUAUAGUACAUAUUUUACUGGAUAAACUAUGUCUCCAUGAUUUUAGGAUACGCCAGGAAGUAUUGAAGAUGACUGCUGGCUUGUUGUAUUGCAGUCGGAAAAUUCGCUUAAAGUUCUUCUUGAUGCCAUCAAGGAAUUAUGGGAAGAUAAAUUCGGUAUUGAUUUGCCAGUUAAUAUUUGUAACCAAAUGGGAUGACUGAGAAGGAUGACUGAGAAGGAUGACUGAGAAGGAUGACUGAGAAGGAUGACUGAGAGUAUGGUAGGAUUUUUAAAGAUUAAAACAAAAUGUAGUUUAUUUAAAAUGCUAAUGUUUUAAAGCACAUGUGAUCGAAACAGUCAUAGUGUAAGGGUGAAUAUAAAGUAGAAUAUUGAGUAGAAUGUUUUGAAAUUUUAGCGUGACUUCGACAUUUUAGAUUUGAUGAAAUUGUCUUCCAUGAGGUCAGAUUUUGAAUAUACUUUUGUGAUUAAAGUAAAAGUAUAAUAUUGUAAGUACUAAGGUUUUUUUAAAUUGAGCAUGCAGACUUUCUGAUGUGAGACUAACAUAUUAAAGGCUAUUUAAAACGUGCUAAAGAACUAUAGAUUUAAUUAUACACAAUACAUGCAUUUUUAACUAAUAAAAUUUGUCCGUGGAUGUUU